AUGUCGGAAACAACAAAAUAUCCAGAAUCACUUACUAAAUAUGUUAACGAAAGGAACAAAUAUAUGAAACAAGCAGCUGAAGAUUCCAUCAAAGCUGCUAAGAGUCAAAAUCAGAAAGAUAUUCUUAAAUUCCAAAGAAGUCAAAAUUUAACGACAAUACUAGCUAUUGUUGUUUUAAUUCUUGCUGCAGCUAUUGCCUACCUAUACAUAUAA